AUGUCGCUGCUUAGAAUGAUUGCACAUGGUACCCAGGAACUGGUUAAACAGGUGAAGAAUUUGCCCCAAGCCAACUACAACCUCCUCAAAUACAUAUGCAAGUUCCUUGAUGAAGUUCAGGCUCACUCCAGUGUUAACAAGAUGAGUGUCCAGAACCUGGCUACAGUAUUUGGACCAAAUAUAUUACGGCCCAAAAUGGAAGAUCCAGUGACCAUGAUGGAAGGCACCUCACUAGUUCAGCACCUGAUGACCGUGCUGAUAAGUGAACAGGGGCGAAUCUUUGCUGUUCCUCAGGCAGAUGUGCCGGGGAGCCAGCUGGAAAUCAGACCUGUGCGUCAGCGCAGUGCUGUGGAGUGGAUCUCUGAGGAGGAUGGGGAGGACAGCAGGUCAGAGACCAGUGUUCCCAGCCCUGCUGAUUUGCCUUCUAGCAAUGCUGCAGCACUAGAGGCCACGUCUGGACCUGCGUUGAAAAACACUCCUUUAGAGCACAGUGGCAAAUUGACUCAACCUGCCAGCAGCCCCAGUAAAAGAGUGCAGACGCUGCCUCCGUGGAAAUACUCCUUCCGCCAGCAGGGAGCACGGUCUGUGAGUCCAAAGCUGGGCAGCUCAUCCUUAGAUAUCCCCAACCUGCCCUCCAGUGGGAACUGGUUGAUGAAUGGACUGUACUCCCUCCGAGGCCAUCGCCGGACAGCCUCUGGGGAACGAGUUAAAGACUCGUGUUCUUCCCAGAGACUCUCUACUUAUGACAACGUCCCUCCAUCCAGCCUCUCCCUUAGCACACACAGUAUGGCCAGCACCACAUGGUCUACAUCAUCAUGUGAAAUCUCUGUGAUGGACUCGGUCAGCAGCUGCCCAGCCUGCCGGGCCAGUGACUCUUCUGCUUUAAGCUCUCUCAAAACCGAGUGGAUAACUCAGGGCUCACUGUCACAGAGUGAGGUCAAGACUGCAGACCUGGAGAACAGCAUUGACAGGUUUGAAGCAUGCAGCAGCGAACAGAGCAACCUGGCUGCGGCUUCCAGAGACUCUGUCAAAUGCUCUAAGGCCUUACAGAGCUUGGUGGUGGAGCUAAAGACAGAACUGAGCAAACAAAGGACUGAAUAUGAGGCUAGUAUCAAAAGAAUUGAAGAAACAACUGCAGACCUGAGGAAACAAGUAGUUAGGUUAGAAGAAGAACUGGACCAAGAAAGAAAGAAAUACACGAUGCUGGAGAUAAAGCUGAGGAAUUCUGAACGUGCUCGUGAAGAUGCUGAGAAGAGAAAUCACCUCCUGCAGCAGGAAAUGGAAGAUUUUUUUUCAACAUUAGGAUGUUUAACUGUUGGGAGUCAAAGUGCUAAAGUCUCCAAAUAGAACAAGCUGGUGUACAGCAAAGAAAAUUCUAUUUCUGGCAAAAAGCAGUGAAAAUGCACAUUUUUGUCUGGUAUACUCAUGUAUCAUGAGUAAUUCUACAGUGACUGCACUCUUGGUGAUACUUGCUCUGUUGUCUUUACAUGUGCUGUAGUAUUUGGGCCAGCUGGGAAAGACUACUAAACAAUGCUUGAAAGUUUAGGU